AUGUUAAUCUCAUUAUCCCACAAAACCAUCACCUUCAUAACAUUCUUCUUCUUAUUAGGCCCAAGCCCAAUCCUCUCACGAGACGCCCACGUCAUCAACUUCCGAUCACCCAAUCUCUACCCCGAAUCUCUCGCGUGGGACCCACGCGCUCAACAUUUCCUCAUCGGUUCCCUUCGCCAACGCAUCAUCACCGCCGUCUCCGACGCCGGCGUCGUAGAAACCUUCAUCUCCGAUACGACUCUCCCCUCAAACGCAUCCUUCCUCGGCAUCGCCGUUGAUUCUUCUCGUAACCGUCUCCUCGCCGUCGUUCACUCCCACCCUCCGCUCCCUCCCUUCAAUGCCCUCGCCGCUUACGAUCUCUUCUCCCGCCGCCGUAUCUUCCUCAUUCCCCUCCCUUCCGCCGACGACAACCACGAAUCCGAACCCGUCUCCUGCGCGGCCAACGACGUCGCUGUCGAUCACAUCGGUAACGCUUUCGUAACAAACUCUGCCGGAAACUUCAUUUGGAAAGUCACCGCUACCGGAACGGCCUCAAUCUUCUCAAAAUCCCCACUAUUCUACACCUCGCCAACAAACAAUCAAUCCAGCUUAGGUCUCAACGGAAUCACCUACGUCUCCAAAGGUUACCUUCUCGUAAUCCAAUCAAGCACCGGAAAGCUUUUCAAAGUCGACGAAAUCGACGGUACAGCAAGGAUUGUUCUAUUAACCGAGGAUCUAAUCGGCGCGGACGAUAUCAUCGUUCGCGACGCAAACGUCGCUAUCGCGGUGUCGCCGAUGAACAAACUGUGGUUCAUUAAGAGUAUGGAUAGUUGGGGAGAGGGAUCGGUGUAUGAGAGAUUGGAGAUUAAUGUCCGGCGGUUUCCGACAUCGGUGACAGUGGGAGAAAAGGGGAGAUUGUAUGUUUUGUAUGGACAUUUGAAUGAAGGGAUGUUGGGAGAAGUAGGAAGAGAGGGUUUUGGUAUUGCUGAGAUUAGGUCAAGAGAAGGACAAGAUGAUCAUGUUUGGAUUUUCGGUUUGAUUGGUGUUGGAUUGGCUUAUUUUUUCUUUUGGAGGUUUCAGAUGAGAAAUCUUGCCAAGAAAAUGGAUCAUAAGAUCAAAUGA